GAGCUCUUCCUCUUCAAACCCUCAUCUAUCGAACUCGUCUCAAGAAGAGAAUAGCCCUCCACAGUUAGUCCAAAAAAACUCAAAAUCGGUUGAUGCCAAUAGUAGCCGUUCUCGACCACGAGUCGAAGUGACCGGACAACCAGAAGCUCGUGAGACAGAUGCUCGUGCUGGGCCGAACAUCGAUGAGGAGAUUGAGGAGAUCGAAGGGGUCGAGGAGAUUGAGGAAGGCAAUGCCGAGGAAAACGUUACUGAAACAGGAGGUGCCGAAGACGAUCUUGAGGCAAUAAUUCAUGCUUCACCACCUCUUCUGAGACGAAAAGUCGUUCGCCCCCACAUCGUACCUUCUUCUUCCGUUUCUCCUGGCGCCGUUCGUGCCGUGCUUGAAGAAAACGGGCUUGAAGAUAAAGUUGUAUUUAUCAUCCCGGAAGCUGGAGAUCGGCCAUGAGACGUCCCCGAGGGCUUCCUCUGCAUCUAUCUGACGUAUUUUACGCAGUGCGGGCUCUCCUUCCCAAUUCCUUCUCGCUUGAUCGGCUACUGCAAUCGUCGCGGCGUUGCUCUCUCGCAAGUGAUGCCAGCUUCGAUAACGAACUACGUAGGGUUCAUAUCUCUUUGCGACGAGCUCGGCAGGGAUCCAACUAGUCGGCUUUUUGAAGAUCUCUUCUCGGUCAACAUCCACAAAUCGAAGGAGUGGUUCUUCGCUGCGAACGCCAAGCCGAAGAAGAAUAUUGUUACUGGACCGAAGCCCAGUAAAUUCAACGACUGGGAAUCUCUCUACUUUUAUCUAGAGAUGAACGAUCUCACCGUCAGCAACUCUGACAUCCCAACUCAAUCGGAGUGGAAGAUUCCGAUCGGUCGUCAUCUCCCGAGCCUUAUCCUCAACUCCGGACUCACCUCUGAGUUCGAAGAAGCCUUCAGUGAAGCUGGUAAGCAUUGUUGGCCUGAGGUUUGGGAAGAAAUCCUGCAGUGCCGAGCUAAGAAAACAGGUUCUGUUCGCGAACCAAAACCGCGGAAACCAAAAACUCGAGCUAGCAAGCCUCGAGCCGCUCCUAAACGCAAAGCACCGAAGUCGCGAACUCAACGCACCCAAACUGCCAGGAUGCUCUUAAUAGACGAGAUCCCAACUCUCUUCGACGAGGAGGAACCGGACGUGGCUGAUCCGACCCCAGUCCUUGCUACCGAACAGGCCAAUGUACAGCCGGAGGAGUUGCCACCUGCUACGAACUCAUCUGACCAGGUUGGUCAGAAGAAGACGAAGAAGAAGAAGUCUUCGAAGAAGAAGAAGUCUUCGAAGAAGACUAAGAAGACAGAGGAUUCUCCUCGGGUGCAAGAUGUACCCGCUGAGAUCGAUCCACCGGCGGCUGUGGCGUCGGACCUCGCUCUUUCUCAAGACCGAGCUGAAGCUUCGCACUCCCGCAAGAGACAAACCAGAGACCAUGUCGAGGGUUCUCCAGAGCACGGGCCGGCUAAGAGGGUCCGAGUUUGUUUUGACUACGAUGAGGAGACUCCUUUCGAGGAGAACGUAGAUGCCUGCGUCGAGCUUUAUCACAAGAUCUCCUCAGAGGUCCCAAGCCUUCCUUCGGUUCCCGAGCUCCGGUUUCCCAACAUGUACAAGGGAAUCGCUCACACGACUGCAGUGCUCGCCAGUCAGACCAAUAACUUGGUUGCUGCAUACGAAGUAGCCCUGUUCGAUGAGCAAGUAAGGGUCUCCGAGCUCGAGGAAAGGGUAGCCAAGGCGGAGGAGCGUCUCGCCACCGAGCUUCGAAUUAACGAGACUCUGCACUCUUCGGUGGAGCUAUUAAAACAGGAGAGCGCGGAGCUGAAGGCGGUGAAGGCCGAGCUGACUGAGGCUCAGAGCCUACUUUCCAGGGAGUUCGAGAAAGACAAAGGGCGGCUGCAGGACAUGGUGGCACAUUGGAGGGCUCGGGCUAGGAGCGUGCACGCAAAGGCUUGCGAGCGCCUAGAGAAGGUUAUCCGAAGCUUGGAUGACGCUGACCGAGCUCGUAAGCCGUACCUGGUCUACAACCAGCUCACUGGGGUCCUCGGUUUUAUCAAGCAGCUCAAGAGGAAAGGCUUGUACGAGGUUCCACCCGAGAUGGUGGCGGACAUUGAGGCGAAGCACACCAAGGCCCUGGAGGAGUUCCGUUCGGUCGACGCUUGCGUCCUUACCGAAGAGGAUAAACGGAUGUCUCCUUUUGCUGAGGAAGAAGAUGCGCCGGCUGUGAACGCGACUCAAAGCGCUCAGGAUCCGAUGAUUGGUGAGCAGUUCGGUUCUAACGAAGAGAUGCUGAAGGUCGAUCAAGCUGCCACCUCUAAGACUGCUUAGUUUUUCUCCUUUCUUCUUUUUAAUCGAACUCGACUAUCCUUGCAUGGGUUCUUUUGUAAUUUUUAUUUCUUUCUGGGCCCUUGGUGGGCUUCCUUUGAACUUGUUUGCCUUUCAGGAGGCUUUUAAAUAUAUGCUCGUUCUUCUUAUUUCUUGCCUUGAAAAUUUAGAAAAUAUAUGCUCGGCAUCUAACUCGAAUUUUAACUUCGUUUCGUCGGUAAUGAUUUGAGAUUAGUGCUCAAGUACUAGAUCGGUAUAUAAGAGAUGAUAUUUGAACGUGGUUUUCAUCUUUUGAUAGCGAAUUGCGAUAAUUCGGCUUACGUUUUGCGAGUGUUGUGAACUCGGCUUAUGGUGCGAAUAUGAGGAGUUCGGCUUAUUGUGCGAGCAUACGAGCUCGGCCUGGGGAACCCAAGUGAAUCAUUUCGUACUGGAAGAGUGAACUAGUUCGAACUCCUGUAAACGCACGAAACGAGUUCAAGGUUUUUCUAAGUCGAACCUAAGUAUGCGAGAUGUGCUCGGCUUAUUGUUCUUGGUGACUUAGAAAUUCAACUGCGGGACUGGGCCCGGCUUUUGAUAUGUGGCUUAACCACGACACCAUGUGGGUG